UCCGCGUGCUCGAAACGCGUUGGCCGCCACUCUGUGGCUCUAAAUUUCCAAGACCGCACUGUACUUUGUGGACGUCCAUCGAGAAGAGAGUUAGCGUACUGCGCCGAGCCAAGUUUUUAAACCAAGUGGAUUUUAAUUAGCACCGAACCUCCGAGCGGGAACUUGAUUCAAUUUAUCGGGUCCUACGCAAAGAUGAAGCAAGGAGCAGCUUUGCUGCUGGUGGUGAUCUUGACGAUUACCACCGGAGUCAUUUCUGUAUCACCGACUACAAGUACACAUCCGCCAGCGACUACAAGUACACAUCCACCAUCUCCACGACAAACCACAACUCCAACUCCACGACCAACAGGAACUCCACCUCCACCGCCCCCACCCCCAAAUAAUGGUAGCUCACCUCCGUCAGCGUCUGAACUUGCACUAUCCACGACGAAGACGGGCGCACCAUGGCGCGUUGAGAGUCUGCUGAACCCACAGGAGAUGCUUCUGGAGGAAAUCCGCUCGUUGGACGAGGAAACGCUCGGCGACAAGGUCCAGAAGGAAAAUAUCGAAACAUUGAAAUCUAACGGUAAGAAUGAUAAGCUGACAGUGUUACCCGAGCUUGUAGACGAGAAAUCAAACAUUCUCAUUCCAUCGAAACCUGUCGGCAAUCCAGAUCCCGAAAAGGAUGCCCUGAACGAGCUGAUGGAGGAUGAGGACUUGAAGUACAACGAGACUGACGAUAUUCUCAUGGCCGAUGACAUGGAGUGGGACCUUGAGGAUGAGGACGCGCUCGACGAUGAGCUUGACGAAGACGAAGAGAUUCUCUUCGAGCAGGACUGCCCUGCGGAUUGUUCAUGCUCUACGGGACACAUGACCGUAAAGUCAGUUAGAUGCACCAAGUUCAACAAAGAACAGUCUUUCAGUAUGGACAUUGCUCUCCUCAAAAUCGAAAAUGCACCGGACGUCAAGCUGGGUCCACACGACCUACGCGAAAAGGAUCUGCAACAGUUGUCAGCUUUCUCAAUUGUCAAUACCACAAUUUCCGAAUUUGACAAGACCGCAUUCGACGGUCUCCCGGACUUGUUCUCCGUUAACCUGACUGGAAACGGAUUGAUGGACAUACCUCCCGACGCCUUCGUGAACAACACACAGCUCAAUGUUUUGACUAUAUCCGGCAAUCCCCUACAGUACACUCAGGCGAAGGACAACACCUUCACCAAAUACUUCUUGGACGCGCCCAGCGUGACUGAAUUCGAUUUCUCCAACAACUAUCUCCCCCGUAUCUUGCCGACUACUUUUGCAAGGAUGCGGCAACUGGUCUAUCUUAGCCUUAGAUCGAAUAGGCUCAGGGCUGUUGAGCGAGCGAUUUUCACCCCUCUCGUUGAAUUGGAUGAAAUUGACCUCUCCCACAACCAACUAAGCGGUUUUCCGGCUGAUGUGUUUGACGACAAUGAAUAUCUUGAACUACUGCGAAUUGCUGGAAACAACUUCACGACUCUGGCAAGCAUCAAGACUUCGACAAUCAGCAUACUCGACGCAUCCAAAAACAGGAUCAAAACCAUCGGCAAGUCCGACCUUAGUGCUCUUACCGAACUAGAAGAACUCUACCUUAGGUCAAACGGUCUCAAGAGGAUUCACCAACAUGCGUUCGCGGAUUUGGUUAAUCUGAAACGCCUUGAUCUCAGCGAUAACAAACUGAGCACACUGACGGAACAUCAUUUGAGGACCAAUAUUCGCCUCGAAUCUCUUAUCAUGAACGACAAUCCCGGUUUGGAAACUUUACCGGUAUUCAAAUCACAGGCGGGCAGCUUCAGUCUCGAAAAAUUCGAAUGUGCUGACUGUGGACUUUUGGACCUGGAACCAGGAACCUUUGACACCAUGAGUGCUCUGCGUCACCUCAAUCUAGCAAGUAACCGGCUAAGCCGUUUGCCGAGAGGGCUCCUCAGAAGCAUGUCAGCACUGAAAGACUUGGACCUUUCUGACAACCUGUUCACCGCUCUGGAAGUCGACACGUUCCAAGGUGCAAGGUCUCUGACGAAAUUGAACCUCGCUGGAAACCCACUGAUCACUCUUCAAGUUGCACCGUUCUUGCUCAUUCCAAACUUGGAACGAUUGGACGUCAGCAGGUGCGGUCUGGACAGAAUCUGGAGCGACAAUGUCGUGCCACUUCCACACCUAAGGUACCUGUCGGCUCGUGGCAACCGAAUCGAGCAAAUCAGCGUCGGUGACUUGCAGGCGACCCCUCAUCUCUCCGGCCUCGAUAUCUCCAACAAUCCUCUCGCGUGUGACCAGGAGUUUAAUGCCGCGAUUCAAUGGCUGAUUGACCACGGUGUCGAUCCCAGUGAGACCUUGCGCUACGUAAGCAAUUACGCUCUUGAUGACUACAGCGACUCCAGCGUCGCCAGCGAUCUCGGCGAAUGGAUGGACAUAGCGAAGGUCGUCUGCGACAGCAUGGAGGGUGGACCUCCUCUAAGACCUCUGCCACGUAGGCCAAACAUGCCUAACAAUGUUGAUGGUUUCAAGCCACCAGUCAAUUACCUAGAAGAACUAGCUGGCCAGGCGUUCGAUCAAGGUCGCGCAGAUAAGGACGAGCAGCUGGAGGACGCCUUCUUGUCCGAGGAACCGGAAUACCAGGAAUACGGCUCAGUCGGUGAGCACUAUCAACCUUGGUACGCAGGAGUCGUGUGGCCUGUGCUUACCGUCAUCCUGGUGACGCUGGCCGUCGUCCUUUUGGUGGCGAACCUCGCCAUGUGUCUUUCGAAGCGCAGAGGCCGUGGCCCCGUAAUUCGGGCUCCGAUGAUUCUGCGCCCUGGACUGAUCGACAACAAGAACUGUGGUCUUGUCUACAAGCCGCUUCAAGAGGAGAUUCCGACCCCUCAUAUGCCGAAGCGUGGAAGCUUCUACUCGAGCAGUACCUUCCAUUACGAUAAGAUUGUCCCCGAGAGCGUCUAGACAAUCCCGAUGACGUUUCCACUAUCGAACACCUUGAGCUAUAGCUGAGGUUUCAAGAGCAAACGGCUCCGGACAACACGAAGGCCACUCUUCGCAGGGCAGUAAUAUGCUCGAACAAAAAUACCGUUUUUGAGAUUCACAGCACCGAGUCAUAAAGUGAUGUCCUAACUGUUGAUUUUGAAACCUGCGUACAGCUGGAACAAUUUUGCAGCUCCUCGGCUCUUCACCUGAGAGAAAAUGAGAACGCAGCAAGAGAGGCAAUUAUGAAAGUGAUACUUUUUUGAAUUAGACUGGACCAAAAAAUUUACCGUUUCUUUCUCUCUUUAUUGUGUUUGUUUUUUUUUUUUUUUUUUCAAG